UCAUGAAGUAGCGCAAGAGAGAGAGAGAGAGAGAGAGAGAGAGAGAAGAGAGGAACCAAGGGAGUUGCUCUUUGAUCCAUGGCUCCCCCAAAGAAAUCGAAGAAAACCAAAAGAAAACUCAAGGAUGGAUCGAAAAGCAACCCUCUUUCUGAGCCCAAACCAGCAGAAUCCAAAGCUUCCGAAGUGGAUUGGUGGUAUGCGUUUUGGAGGAAGAACACCGAUUCUGGAGCGGCUAUUCCUACUGAUGAAGAUGAAGCCUUCAAAUAUUUCUUCAGAGUGUCGAAGAAAACAUUUGAUUACAUAUGUUCCCUUGUGAGAGAGGACUUAGUGUCAAGGCCGCCAUCUGGUCUCAUUAACAUCGAGGGAAGGCUUCUAAGUGUGGAGAAACAAGUUGCCAUUGCCAUGAGAAGGCUUGCAUCUGGUGAGUCUCAGGUGUCAGUCGGUGCGGCCUUUGGUGUCGGGCAAUCCACAGUAUCUCAAGUCACAUGGAGGUUUAUCGAAUCAAUGGAAGAACGAGCAAGACAUCACCUCAAUUGGCCUGACUCUGAUCGAAUGGAGCAAAUCAAAACCAACUUGGAAACUACUUUUCGGUUGCCCAAUUGCUGUGGAGCAAUCGAUGCAACUCACAUCAUCAUGACUCUUCCAGCAGUUGAAUCAUCUGACGACUGGUGUGACCAAGAGAGCAAUUACAGCAUGUUCUUGCAAGUGAUUGUGGAUCAUGAACUACGAUUUCUCGACAUAGUCACAGGUUGGCCUGGAAGCAUGACCAUUUCCCGUCUGCUCAAAUGCUCAGGCUUUUACAAACUAUGUGAGAGCGGUGGCCGAUUGAACGGGUCAGUGAAGCUGUCCUCUGAAGGAAAGGAAAUAAGAGAAUUCAUUGUCGGAGACACCGCUUAUCCUCUUUUUUCAUGGCUCAUGACUCCAUACGAAGGUAAAUUGCUAUCGCCUACGAUGACCAGCUUCAACGAGAAGCACAAGGCGGUGAGGUUGCUCGCCGGGAGAGCGCUCGCACAGCUAAAAGGAAGUUGGAGGAUCCUGCACAAAGUGAUGUGGAGACCUGAUAAACAUAAAUUGCCGAGCAUCAUCCUCGUAUGUUGUCUGCUGCACAAUAUUAUUAUCGACAACUGUGAUGAGCUGCGCGCCGAUGUUGUUUUAUCUGAUCAUCAUGAUGCUGGUUACAAAGAGCAGAGCUGCCAGCAAAUGGAUUCUGUUGGCCAGACAAUGAGAGAGAACUUGGCUGUGCAUUUGCAGUCUCUUGAAGUUCAUCAGUGAAGUUGAGAAGCAAAGUUUUAUGUUGUUCAUGGCUUUGAGGAUUGAAACUUGUUUAUCUGUUAAGAGAUCAAUCUGAAAGGCAUUGCUCAUUAUGAAAAUGUUCUCAAUUGAUGGA